CCGAGCCCCGAAGAAGCGAUAACCCACCAUGUCACACGCGCCGGGUCCCGAGCCCCACAAGCGGAAACGGAGUGUUGAGGAUGACGGCGGCCAGCUUGCGCAUUACCGCCAGCGCCAGCCCUCGCCUGGCCUCUCUUCAUCGGCCCCCGGAUCCAUCAUCAACUUUAGGCCAAGGAACAACUCCCAACUUUUGGCCUUCCUGCCGGGCGAUGUAGACACCUUCAGCGACAUCGUCUACCUCAUUGAUGAAUACGAAGGCGUCAUGGACCGCAGCGAAAGUCUUGCAGCCAAUCUCGGGGCCAAGCUGACAGGUCCCCGGUUCCUACGCGGCCUUGAGAGGUUUUUCGAAGGUCCGAUCAACAUCAACUCGCCCAAUCCCUACGCCCAGCAAGUCACGUGGUUGGACGUGGUCACAUUUGCCAAGGCGAGCCCGGACGCGUUCUCUCUCGUCCCCUUGCCCAACGGUGCACGUUGCUGUCAAUUCAUGUACCAGGGGUUGCAGGUUGAGAUCACCGAGGAUGACUGGCGCCUGAUAUCUUCCGGAGCACUAGACAGAUUCCCGCUGGAGCACACGUUUGAAGAGGACGAGGCGGCCGAGCUGGCGACGCUCGAGAUACUCGAACAGAGGGCCUUGCUGCUGCAUAGGAGGGCAGACGAGGUUGCGGCGAGGGCUCACGCCUUGCACCAGAGACUCGAGCUCCGCAGGCAGGACGUUGCUCGGCGGCAACAGCUGCAUAAUGGAAGUUCAAGCUCAAGCUCAAGCUCAAGCUCAAGCUCCAGCUCCAGCUCCAGCUCCAGCUUCCAUGCUAUCAACCACCCACCGCGCCCCGUCAUGCCCAGACCCGGCAGCUCGCAGUUCGAUAUCCAUGCAGACCUUCUCCAGCAGUUUACCAUGGCCGCGAUGCAAAACAGCCCGCCACCAGGGCCGCCUCCGGGUUAUCAGCCACAGGCCACUUCGUCAUCCACAGCGCCAGCCUUGACUCCGACGUCCAAUUCGAGGUCCAUUGCGACCAUUGCCCUCAGCCAAGUGGUGCUUCCUGGCGACCCGGCCACGGAGGUGCAUAGGCCCCUCGUGCUGCAGAAGACAGACACGCUCAACAAGGGCGAUAUCAUAUUCCCCCCCUGCGACCGAUGCCGGCGCCUCCGCCUGCAGUGCGUCAAGCAUCUGACGGCGUGUCGGGGCUGCACCAAGAAGCACGCGAGGUGCAACUGGAGGAACGUCACUGACGCCGAAGCCGCAACUCUGAAGCACGAGCUGGAAGAGAUGCACCGCGAGGCACAGAGGGCGGCGGCUGCGGCGGCGGCGGCAGCAGCAGCAGCACGACAGCAGCACGAUGCCGGCGGCGUCCCCCGGCCUUGUGAGGCGGGACCCAGCAUGCCGGGAAUAUACGGCGCGGUGGACAUGGGACCUGCGGCACAUCGGCCCCUGCCCGACCCAGCGGCGGCGCCGCCACUGAUGAUGGCACCGCCGCUUGCUCCUCUCGCUCCCCUCGCGCCGGCCGCUGCUCCCGAGCCGCCUCGAAGGCUGCUGCCUACGGCCCGGCUGACCAGGAUCGAGCCAGCGCCUACCGGGCCUCGGAACCCUCCGCGGACGGGGCAGCUCGCUUCCAUCUUGUCGCCUCCUGACUACGAGCCACGGCCAUUUGGGAUGCUGCCGGAUCUGGCCCCAAGGUGAGGCCG